AUGUCUGGGAAUGUUGCGCUCUCGGGGGAAAUCCCCCCUGCCUGUGAUUUGUGCCAUUCUAGAAAGAUUAAGUGCGAUAGGCGCUCGCCUUGCGCCAAUUGCGCCGACGCCAGUGCCCAGUGCCAGCGGUUGCGCCCCGGGAGGUCAUCGAAAAAGAGAUCUCUACCAAGUGACUCUGCUCCCGAAUUUUCGGUGCUCGAGUUCAAUCGAUCGUCACGUCCAAGGCAGAUGCGUCCCGGUGGAGUUGAUCAAGUCCUGAGAGGCAUCUCUCCAGCUACCACACCCAACUCGACAGCAGACCCCGACGACUCCAAUUAUCAUGCAAUCCAAGCAAAAGACAUUAUAGAGCUUGAACUCGACGAUUCCAGGUUCAUCAGCCAUGAACGACAGGUUAUUCUGAGGUCUGCCCUCCAGCUGGUGAAUGAAAUUUCUGAGAGGGAGCGCCGUCAGUCGGGGACAUUCAUGGAGGAUGGGUCGCCGGAAGCCCCUACUAUCUCUGUUCCCGAGGUGCCCCCUCGAGAGUUGCUAUUUAUGCUGCUUCCCGGUCCAUCAGACUCACUGCGCUCUCAGUGGCCACAUCAUAUAUCAGACACUGCAUGUGAAAGAAUGGCCACAGCUUUACUACAAGGAGAUCUUGAACCUCAUGAGCAGUUGUUUCAUCAGUAUUGUAUUUGUAUCUAUGUCAAGGGAAUCGUCCACUUGAACCAUGUCUCCCGAGUCUCCGACAAUGCGGCCAUAAAGAAUCAGAUAUCUCAGUCCACAGCUGCCUAUACAGCUGCCGCCCUUAAAAAUAUCGAACAUUUCAACAUUCUCAGCCGACCAAAUCUGACAACUAUACAGUGUCUGAUCUCAAGCGCCCUACUCAUGCAAUUUGUUGGAAGACUCAACCAGUGCUGGGUUCUAAUGUCAUAUGCAGCUCGGCAAAUCACUUCUCUGAAUUAUCACAAAAUCCGCAGGACACCAACAUCAACGAGUGAAGAGCAAGAUAUUUGCAUGGCGGUUUACUGGUGCUAUUACCUCGAUAGAACUUUGAGCGCCCUUUUCGGGCGACCUCCGUCGUUGCCUGGCCUCCAAAUUUCACCCUCUGAUCUGAUUCCGCUAGACCCAUCAUCUUUAUAUGACACCAUGCUCCGCGUCAUACUUGAUCUUGCUCAGAUCCAGGGAGAACUCCACGAGAUAUCCAACUGUGGCAACCGUGAAUCGAAAAGCGCGAUAUUGGAAACAUGUCGAGAUCUCGAAGCGAGGAUGUCCAACAUACUUCCAAUACUACAAACAAAUCUACAUCGUCAUCGCCCUCCCACAAAGGUCUGGUGCGAUUGGCAUGCUACCGACUUCUGCUUCAACGCGAUAUUCGUCGAAAUCCUACGAACGCGUCUGAAGAGUUCAUUCAGCCCACUGGUGCACAAAAUAACACUCUUGUACGCUGAGAACUCGCUCAAGGCGUUUCUUCUUCUCCUCGAACGGCCAGAAGAGGUGCCCGGGUCAGGGUUCGACGAUCCAUAUCCGUCCUUCCUAACAUGGACUUUGUUCAUCUAUCCCCUGAGUCCCUUCUUCGUGGUCUUUUGCAACAUCAUCGGGACAUUGAACCAUGACGGCUAUGUAUGCAUGCAACGCAUCAUCGACAAACUCUCCGGGUUCAAGCAAUACCCACACCUGGAGAGGCUCUUGAAUCUUCUCCGGUCCCUACAACGACUAUGCGAUCCAUUAUUUCAGGAGCAAGCCGAAAACCAUCUAGUCUCAGAAGACGAUUUCAACAUCGAGGGUCCGUCCGGCUUUGCUGCAACAAAUGGCCUCGCAAAGGUGCCAGACACCUCCGCGAACAGGUCUGUCACUGAUCCACUAGGGGGUGAUACAGUGCUGCAGAAUGAACCCACGGGUUCGAAUAUUGAAAACGGCCCGUCGGCUGACUGGCUUAUGUGGGAACUAUUCAACAGCCAAGUCCCUGCGGGCUGGAUCAACUCAGACUUUGAUCCUUUUAUUGCUGAAUGA